AAAGAUAAUAUGGCUGGUAGGCUGCCACGAUAAAGCCAUCAUAGCCUAUUUCUGUCCGAAGGAGAAUUGAGCUGUGGUGGAAACGUAAACAUGGAUCGAAUCUUCCACAAUGCGCGCUUUGUGGAACAACACAAGACGGAGCUUAUUCGGAUGGUGGGGGUGAAGGUGAUUCCACUUGUAGAUCAGCUGAUGUCACAGGGCAUGCUCCAACUUGAGACACUCUCCAAGAUCCAUGCAGCGAACACCAGCCAGGAGCGAAUGAGGGAACUCUUCAAAGCUCUGGACACAGGAGGAGACAGAGUGAAAUCUGCCUUUUACUGCACGCUCAGGGAGCAUGACCCUCAGCUCAUCCAGGAUCUGGAACAAAGUGGUGGAAGUAGUAGCAGAACAGCUGAAUCCUCGUCUCCAGAAGUGAAACGCGUGAGAUAUCUAGGCCCAGAUGUUGCAGCAUAUAAGGCCAAGAUCCACGCUGAAUAUAAGUUGGUGCAGGAGUAUAACAGCUUGCCAGGGGAUGUGGUCCUGCUGGACGACCGCUACAUAGAGCCCCGUAUCGCUCGGCACUGCAGCCUGCCGAUGGAGCGAGGUGUAGCAGGGACCUCAUCCAGAGGAGAGAGUCUUGGGCAGUUUCUGGACACCAGGGCAGAGGAGCCCCAUAGUGUCAUAUGUCUGGGUCAGCUGUUUAGCCCUGAUCACAAGGGCACCAUCCCAAAGGCAGUGGUCCUCCAGGGAGGCUCUGGGUACGGCAAGUCCUUCACUGCCCAAAAGAUCUUGUCUGACUGGGCAUCUGGAAGACCGUACUGUGAGUAUUUCCAUAUGGUUUUGUUCCUGAGAGCCCAGGAGGUGAUUGCCUCCUCAGGACACAAGAGCGUGCUGGAUCUCUUCUGCAGCAGUGACAGGUUUAGACCAAUGGUCAGAGACUUCCUGCUGAAAUCGCCCGACAGGAUGCUCUUUAUCAUCGAUGGCUUUGAUGACCUCGAUGUGGCCGUGGAGGACACCGGCAUGCCACCUCCUGGUGACGCCUUGACGCCACUUCCUGGUGACGCCUUCACACCCGCUCCAGUAGAAGCUACCUUGAAGGCCCUCCUGAAGGGACAGGUCCUGCCUCAGAGCAUCCUGCUUGUCACCACCAGGUCUGCUGCCUCGGACAGACUGAGCAAGCUGCUCAAGCGGCCUCUGCAUUUCACUGAGAUCCUGGGUUUCUCCGAGCAUGCAGUGGAGGAGUACAUCCAUAGGUUCUUUGACAACAAGCAAGUUUCUGAGACUUUGCUUCGGUACGUCAGGUUAAACCCGAUUCUCUUGUCGGCCUGCCUCGUCCCCGUCGUUUGCUGGAUCGUCUGCACGGUUUUCCAAGGGCUGGACGUGAUGAGGGGGCUGGAGACCACAACCUCCGUAUUUGUAGAGUUCCUGCUCACGCUAUUGGAGCACCACUGCCAGGACUUGAGUCAGCCUGUGCCUGCUCUGCUGAGGAGCCUGGGGCAGCUGGCUGAGAGGGGCAUUCUGGAGCAGAGAGUCCUGUUUGAUGAGAAGAGCAUUUCCGAAGACCUGUCAGAUCCCAUGCAUGUCCCGUUCCUUUGUAAAAACAUUCUGGAGGUGAAAGGCAGCCUGGAGACUAUGUACAGCUUCACACAUCCAGGCUUUAUGGAGUUUUUCUGCGCUCUCCACCAUGCCCUUAUAGAGGAUGAGGACGUGGUGGGCGAGAAGCUGAAGGACAUGCUUCUCUCUGCUCAUAAAGGGAGAAGCAACAGGCACUACGUCAUCCAGUUCCUAUGCGGACUCUCCAACAAAGAGGUGGGCAACUCUCUCAUGGAGCCAGUCUUCAUGGAAGCAGUGACCUUCUCUACAUCUGUCAUCUGUGGUCAGCUGAGAAGAUGGAUUCUUGAUGAAAUGCGCAGCCCUGGAUGGGGAGAUCAGUCGAAACUCUUCAUUCUCCUCUGUCUCUUUGAACUGCAUGACCGUGACUUUGCCGAGCAGGCCAUGGGGGUUUGGGCUGACAUUACACUAGACCACACUCGGAUGGGCAAAACUGACUGCUGGGCACUUCUGUAUUGUUUGCAGUGCUGUCAGAGGGUACAAACCCUCAGCCUUCUGAACUGCAACAUGACCUCAGAGAAACUGAGGAUGCUGCAGCCUGCACUGAGCAGAUGUAAGCAGCUGGGGCUGGAAGUGGAGGACUUGUCAGGGCACCAUCUUGGUGAACUGAUCCUAGAUGUUGCAGGGGAAAGCAGACUGCACCUUAGUGUGACUAACAUCACAGACCGGACUGGAGAGAGCCUUGGUAUGCUACUGAGACUGACGAAGGAUGUGAACCGAUUCACCGUGACAGUAAGGCACCACACCCAUCUGGCCCCUGAGAGGCACAUGCCUGUGGUCGGGCUCCCUUCGAGGCAAGGUUCCCUUCCGCUUGUGGAGCCCAGGGCCCUGGACCCUACUGUCUCCCAUUCCUCGUCAUCCUCACAUCCACACACAAAACCAGCAGCCCCUCAUAGGACACCAGCACAUCCAUACACGGAAUCAGCAGACUCUCAUAGAACACCAACACGUCCACACAUGGAACCACCAGUCCCUCAUAGGACACCAACACGUCCACACACGGAAUCAGCAGACUCUCAUAGAACACCAACACGUCCACACACGGAACCAGCUGUCUCUCACCUCACACUCACACUUCUUCACUCUGAAGGGAUAGCUAAGGUGAACUGGGCUGAGUUCUUCCAGAAGUUUCACCAGCUCUGGGAUCUGAAAGAAGACACAGUGGGUUCUGAGUGCUGUGUGGCAGAGCUGCUGUCAUUCCUGCACUCUCUGUCAGACUGUGAGCGGUUGGAGGUGGGCCUGAGAAGACUGACAGAGGGCUGGGCCAAUCGAAUCCUCACACUCAUUGAGGUCAGCCCCAGCCUCAAACACAUCAGAUUGUGUGCUGGCUUGAGUGGAGAUGGAGUGUUAGAGGAGAACGCAAUCCAGAUUCUCAGAGAUUCCCCAAAGCGCCCAGGCUGCACUCUGGUCAUUAUAGGGUGUAAACCUGAACAGGAGGGUGAAGGAGAUCAAGUGAACAUUCAGAUGGAGGGACGGGCUUUCAAUGAGCAGAGAAUAGGGAGAAUCCGGCUACAGCAACCUGCUGCAGAAACAGAAGACCUCGAGGAGGGUAGGAGUGAUGAAGGCUUUGAAAAUGAAGACCAAAAGAAGUGUUUACAUGAAGAAGAGAUGGAUACAGCUCAGGAUGAGCCAGGAAGAUUAGAGUCAUCAGCUGGAAAACUCCAUCAACACUUCAUUGGUGCACUAAGGAGCUGUCAAUCAUGUGCAGGCAUUCCAGACUCUACCCACUGGGCUCUGAUAGAGCCCUCCAUCUCCACGGAGACAGGGCUGUCUGUGUACUGCCUCAGCUCUCCUGCAGGGAGUUAUGAGUGCAGAGUGUCUGGUUUGCGCUGGGUGUGUGCUGCUGAAGUCACCCUGCAGUACCACUUCUGCACUGAGGAGCAGUUCUCUGCCCAGCUGGAGCUUUUACAGUACAGGCCCAUCAGUCCUCUGAUGGACAUCAAGGUUCUCUCAGGUGAACUGGAGGAGGUCCAUCUGCCCCACUCUCUCUGUCUGGGACUUUCUGACCAUUCUAAGAUAAGGGACGCAGUGAGAGUUCUGCAUGGGGACGACAGCGGUGUUACCCUGGAGAUGUGCGAGCUGAUGCCCUUCCACGCCAGGCUUGUAAGGCCUUGCUUCUCUCUGAAGGAGGUUGUGGCUUGGAUGGGUUUCAGUGUACCAACUCACUGUGAGGUGCUAAUCUAUCAGUCUUAUCCAGAUCCACUCAUUCUGAACACCUAUGUUGUGCCAGUCCCAUCCAGAGCAAGGCAUGCUGUAGAGAGGGACUGGCAAAGCCGUGGCAUCUACAUCAAGAAGCCUCGACCCAAGGAAUCGUUCUGGAUCAAUUCAAAUUUCAAGUUAUCCACUUCCUGCCGGUCUGAGAUCGAACCAAAGGAGAUCACUCUGACAUAUAAUACGCCUCCAGAAUACUUUGAGGUGUGCAUUAAAAAGCCAGAUGAUGACUUUCACUUGAAGCUGACCAUUCCAGAAGAGGAAAGGUCCAUAUGGAAAGCUAUUAUUCGAAAAGGACCUGACUACAAAAACACUACGUUGCAAAACGUAGGUGAAGAGCCUGGAGCUUUGAGGCUUCCUCGUCCAUCAACUUCGGCUGAGAUCUUCCCGGUCAGAUCCCCAUCAACCAGUACUGAGCAGUAUUCACCCCCAGCAUUAACAAUUAAAGCAACAGAUUUUGUGUUUAACGCUCGGACUGAACUGAUAAACAGAAUAGAAGAUGCCUCUCUGAGAACUUUACUAGAUGGCCUUCAGAAACCCACCCCUGACAUGCCUCCAGUGAUUAAGGGCAGGGAGAGGAAUGAGGUUCUGCAGAAAAACAGUGUGACUGAGGACCAGGUGACCUGCCUGGUUGACAAGGUGUUGAAAAAGGGUGAACGAGCUUGUGAGAGAUUUCUGUCUCUCCUUAAAGGAGUGGAGCCUGGCCUCUGUGAGGAGCUUGGUCUGUAAACGAGUCCUUGAUCAUGACUUGUUGAAUAGCAUAUAUUAUAUAUUUCUGUUUGCGGACAGAUCAAGGGAUCAUGGGAUAAUUCUCUGCCUACUUAGAUAUGCAACUGUUUGGGAAGCUGUGCCUCUGGGCUCAGCGACACUCUAACAGAGCAUGUUAAGUGUCCAUGCCUGCAUUAUUGGGAAUGCUUUGAAAUAUGACAGACAUGUUGAAGUCAAACAUUGAAUUGUUUAUUUAUUAUGUAAAAAAAUGUGUGUACAUGUGUACACUUAAUUGAACAUUGUGAUAAACCUUAACCUCUCAUUAAUGUAAAUUAGUACAUGAAUUGUAAUUGCUGAACAGUGAACACAUAAGACAAGCAGAGGCUCUCAUGCAGCUUCUGAGAUAAGGAUAACAAUACUGAUUAUGUCUGCUCUGCAUGAGCAUCUGUGUCAUGGUGGUCCAGACUGGGGAGUGAUUCUGUCCCUACCUGAUGCCCGAUGCUGAUUGGAAAUCUACCCUAAGCCCCACAUGGAUCCAGGGGAUCAGAAAUGGAAAUCUACCCUGAGACUUAUAUGGAUCCAGUGGAUCAGAAACAGUCAUGGGCCGUACAUCGUCCAGCUUCUGAUAAUUAUGGAUAAGGAUUAUAUCACUGCCAUAACAUGGUUAUGUCGCAGGCUGCUACUUCCAUUUACAUUAUAGAACAUGUAACCUGUGUAUAUGCAUAAAGAUUUUGUACAUACAUAUUUGCCUUGCCUCUUUAUAAUGA